AGCACACACCACCAGUCUGUGCGCAGAGCCAGAGGCCGCGGGGACACCGGGCCAUGCACGCCCCCAACUGAAGCAACACCUCAAAGCCACAGUUCCCAGCAGCACAGCGCAUUUCAGGGAGCUCAGACUCAGAGGAAACCUCUGCAGAGAGACCCUCGAAGCCCCUCUAGGACAGUCCGUCACCUCGACGCUCUCCUAGUGCAGACAGGAGUGCGCAGUGGCCCUGGCUCGCAGUGCCAUGGAGCGGAUCCCCAGCGCUCAACCACCCCCUGCCUGCCUGCCCAAAGCGCCAGUGCUGGAGCACGGAGACCUACCAGGGAUGGAUUUUGCCCACAUGUACCAAGUGUACAAGUCGAGGCGAGGAAUAAAGCGGAGCGAGGACAGUAAGGAAACCUACAAAUUGCCGCACCGGCUCAUCGAGAAAAAGAGACGUGACCGGAUUAACGAGUGCAUCGCCCAGCUGAAGGAUCUCCUACCCGAACAUCUCAAACUUACUACUUUGGGUCAUUUGGAAAAAGCAGUGGUUCUUGAACUUACCUUGAAGCAUGUGAAAGCACUAACAAACCUAAUUGAUCAGCAGCAACAGAAAAUCAUUGCCCUGCAGAGUGGUUUACAAACUGGUGAGCUGUCCGGGAGAAACGUUGAAGCAAAUCAAGAAAUGUUUUGCUCAGGGUUCCAGACCUGUGCCCGGGAGGUGCUUCAGUACCUGGCAAAGCACGAGAACACCCGGGACCUGAAGUCUUCACAGCUUGUCAUGCACCUCCACCGUGUGGUCUCUGAACUGCUGCAGGGUGGUACUUCCAGGAAACCAUCAGACCCAUCCCCCAAAGUGAUGGACUUUAAGGAGAAACCCAGCUCCCUGGCCAAAGGCUCGGAAGGCCCUGGGAAAAACUGUGUGCCAGUCAUCCAGAGGACUUUCGCUCCCUCCAGUGGGGAGCAGAGCGGCAGUGACACGGACACAGACAGUGGCUAUGGAGGAGAAUCAGAGAAGGGUGACUUGCGAAGUGAACAGCCAUAUUUCAAAAGUGAUCAUGGACGUAGGUUCACCAUGGGAGAACAGGUCAGCACAAUUAAGCAGGAGUCCGAAGAACCCCCCACCAAAAAGAGCCGAAUGCAGCUCUCAGAUGAUGAAGGGCAUUUUACUAGCAGUGACCUGAUCAGCUCCCCAUUCCUGGGCCCACACCCACACCAGCCUCCCUUUUGCCUGCCCUUCUAUCUGAUCCCGCCUUCAGCGACUGCCUACCUGCCCAUGCUGGAGAAGUGCUGGUAUCCCACCUCUGUGCCGGUGUUGUACCCAGGCCUCAAUGCCUCUGCUGCAGCCCUCAGCAGCUUCAUGAACCCAGACAAGAUCUCUGCUCCCCUGCUCAUGCCCCAGAGACUCCCUUCUCCCUUGUCAGCCCAUCCAUCCCUCGACUCUUCCGCCUUGCUCCAAGCUCUGAAGCAGAUCCCCCCUUUAAGCUUAGAAACCAAAGACUAAACUCUUUUAGGGCAUCCUGCCGCUUUGCUUUCCUUCUUCCCUACUUCCAAAAACACAAAUGUUUUUGUGAGUGCAGCGAGAUUGUGAAUACCAAGAUAAUCUAAGGCACGGAGAGAAAAUGCAGGUUGUGUGCGUGCAAAUGUGUGUAUGUGUGUGUGCCUAUGUGUUUGUGUUGGACAUUAAAGCUCCUUUUGGUGUA